CCCCGGCUGAGGACUGGGCAUGCUCAGUCGCCGCCCGCGUCGCGCUCCCAGGGAAGCCUUCGCACGCCCUCCGCGGGCGGCUCUCAGCUGCCUCCCCGCCGCCGGCCGCCCGGGUGCCUCCCGGCUCGCUCCGCUCCCCGCGACCCAGAUUCCUGGCCCGCCCCCGCCCCGCCUGCGCCCGCAGCCAGUGCGACAGCCGCGGCCACCCUGUGCAGCCGCGGUGCGGGGGACGGAGGGACCGUGUCCAGCGCCGCCGCCGAGCGCGCAGCCCGAGAGCCUGCGGAGCGCGGGCAUGGAGACCCGGCCGCUGCGCGCCGGGACCUGCUGAGCUUCCCGCCGCCGCCGGGGUCCGCUUACACUUACUCUGACAAAGGCAAAUUUGGAAGCAAUUACUUGAGGAUAGUUUGGACAACACCUAGAUAAUCAAAGCAGACACAAUGAAGCACUUCCUGAGAAUGUUGUUCCAGGUGUGCCUGUAUUUUUACUGUAAAUUUUUGUGGCGCUGCCUAAAAUUUGUAAUGAGGAAGCUGACUGGAAGAUGUGAAUUGCAACGGAUCUGUUACAAUACCAAGCCUGGGGCUUCCAGAACCAUGAAAAUUGAAACAUCACUGAGGGAUUCAAAAAGUAAACUGCUGCAGACUUCAGUGAGUGUUCACCCUGACGCCAUUGAGAAAACUAUAGAGGACAUCAUGGAGCUGAAAAAAAUUAACCCCGACAUAAAUCCACAGUUGGGAAUCUCUCUUCAGGCUUGCCUUCUGCAAAUAGUUGGCUACAGAAACCUUAUCGCAGAUGUGGAAAAACUGCGCAGAGAAUCCUAUGAUUCUGAUAACCCCCAACACGAAGAAAUGCUUUUGAAGUUAUGGAAAUUCCUGAAGCCCAAUACUCCACUGGAAUCUCGAAUUUCUAAGCAGUGGUGUGAAAUUGGUUUCCAAGGUGAUGAUCCUAAAACAGAUUUUCGAGGAAUGGGACUUCUGGGCCUAUACAAUUUGCAGUAUUUUGCAGAAAGAGACGCUGCAGCAGCUCAGCAGGUCCUCUCUGACUCUCUUCAUCCAAAAUGCAGGGAUAUCACUAAAGAGGAAAUAAGCAAAUUCAGCAAAGCAGAGUGGGAGAAGAAAAGGAUGGAUAAAGCAAUUGGGUACUCGUUUGCAAUUGUGGGCAUCAAUAUAACUGAUCUGGCGUAUAAUCUACUGGUGAGCGGAGCUCUAAAAACUCACUUCUACAACAUUGCCCCAGAAGCUCCAACACUGUCUCAUUUCCAGCAAACAUUCUGCUAUUUGAUGCAUGAGUUUCAUAAGUUUUGGAUUGAAGAGGACCCCAUGGACAUAAUGGAAUUCAAUCGUGUGCGGGAGAAAUUCCGCAAGAGGAUCCUAAGACAGCUGCAGAACCCAGACAUGGCAUUGUGCCCACACUUUGCUGCCUCAGAAGGUUUAAUUAACAUGUAGUCACCCACGCUGGUUUUAACAGAUACCCCAGAACACUGCCUCAUUGUCGUGUUAGAUCCCUGCUUAGGUCCCAGCUCACACACUGAAUGCACAGUGAUUGUAUGCAUGCCUUUUGGUACAGUAUUUUCAUAUCUUGGUCAUAAUUACCAGAUCCCCAGAUACCACUAUUUGGAGGAUCUGUCAUCCAGUGACUGUUCAUAUUGUGGCAUUAUGCAGUGUUACAUUUGCCUUGACACCCAGGUAUGGAGAGAGUUUUCUAUUUUUUUAGAUCGUUUUCCUCCCCCUCAUAAUUCAGCAUUGAAGAACUGUAUUUCUCUAGCUGUAUUUUGUAUGUAAGAGAUUUAGAUGAAUCAUGUUCUGUGAAAGUCUUUUAAUUUAUUGAUCUGUUACAUGACUACUGCUGCUAGCUCUUCAGGCCAGGUUUACGCUUGGAUCUCAUUCCACUAAAGUAUAUGACUUUCAAACAAUGAAGACAGACAGACACACGAUAAGCCAAACCAUUCCUGCAAACACAGCCCCGCUUCAUGAAAAUGUAACAAGGCUUACAAGAAGCAGAUUUAGGUAGGUGCUGUUUUUGUUUGAAGAACCACAGAAUUAUAUUGUAUCCUUCCCCAGCUGCAACUGUGUCAUAGUCAUAUGGACACCAAAUUAUUUUACUCCCAUAUUUUUACUGGCUUGGAUGCCUAAAUAAGUUUAUGAUGCUUGGAGCCUCAGAAAAGAAGUAUGCAUACUUCAAGCUGCAAAAGGUUUUUAACUGCCUGCCUCUUGCUGAACUCAGAGUUAUACCCUGGCACUGUUCUGAUCCAAGCAUCUUUGCUUGGGGAACCCAGUGCUGACUGGUUUGUUUUCAAUGUCAAGAGGUUACAUCAAAAAACAAUUUGCAAGAAAAUGUGUUGCAAGAGAGGGACCUAAGCUGUGUCCUUCUGUAAUAUUUCUUGAAAAUAAUGACCUUGUCUUGUAUAAGUGAAAAAAGUAAAUUGCUUGGAAGGGGAAAAACAUCAAAUCAUUCCAGAACUGCUAAAAAUCAUUUUAAAAACCAUGAUUUAGUUUGGAAUUAUGACUGUAGUCUGUUGAAUAGUAUUUACCAUGGCAUUUCAUACCCAUGGUAUUUUAUACCUUCUAUCAAUUUUAGUAUUAUUAGACAUUUGUGUAAUCACUUGCUUAUUUAAAUCAAGUCUGAGUACUGCCUGUCAUUAUAUGAAUAAAUUACAUGUCAUCCUA